AAUGGUUCGUGUAAGAACUACUGUACCCUGCGGCAACGCAUGCGCAGAAGUAGCUAUAAAACUUCAGUAAAAUCCUGCCCUCUGAUUGGCUAAAAUACAUCUUCGGGUGUUUUCCGUAUCUUAUCCAUUGAUUGACAAACAUUUAAAUUAAGAAUAAAACAAAGGUUGCAUUGUUACGACUUAUCCCCGAGUUUUGUCCGAAUCGUAUGUUCGGAAGUUACAUUUCCGACCUAGCGCUCACGUCGCCAUUUUGAAUUCUACAUGCUUCCUCCUCGAUAUAUUAAGACAAGUCUCUCGCUAUUCAUGAUCUCUUCGAAAAUAGUUUGAAAAUCUAUUGUAUAUACUUUAAAGAAACGCUUCUGAGUUCUGUUUGCUUGCAAACUUUGUCCGAGAAGUUAGAAAAGCUUGUUAUGGUGUUCAAAAGGCAGGCAUGUUGCUGCCCUAACCACGAGGCUUGGUGUGGCAGUAAGCCUUCAGAUGUGGAACAGAGGUCCCUGAGAAAGGCGAACAGAGUAGAGAAAGUUUUCUUGGAGCUAGAUGACAAAGGCAAAAAGGGCUGGUCUAGAAGCAUUUGUACAUACUGCCGACAGCGAGUCGAUUUGGAGCUUGGAAACAAACGCAUGAAAACUUCACACGAGAGCUGUAGAGAUGAAACUGCCUCAAGUUCCAGCGUGUUUUUCCAACCGGAAACCUCUGAGACCAGCGCCGCGUUAGAACCAUUCCAGGACAUUGAGGAAACCUCUGCACUAGGGCAAAUUUUGCCGUCAUCAGUUGAUGCUGUACGACUCAUGAAAGCAUCAACUAAACAAAGGGACAUAGAACUAAAGGACAUAGAACGAUGCAUUGAAGUAGAAGAUACAUAGUAGGCCAUGAGGACUCACUAUGUAUCGAAGACGGAGACCCCGAUUAUAAGCUGGACACUCUCGACUUCAUCAAUGAGCUUAUGGAACAAACCUUGCUUGCGGCUUGUUUUAAGAAAAUAUUGUGUGUUCUGUCUGUGUCGAUGAAAUAAUAAUUAGAGGGCUGCUACUACUGUGAA